CGCAGCGUCUGUUAGAGAGCCGGCAGCCCCGAACGCGAAAGCUGCUGCCGAGCUGGUUCGAACGUUUUCAAGCUAUCGACAAUAAGAGGCAGACCAGACAGACGGACAGAUAGAAAACGAGAGAGAGCUAGCGAGAAAGAAAGAGAGAAAGAGAGAGAGAGAAAGAAAGAGAGAACGAGAGAGAAUCGUGAUAAUAAUAAGGAAGGAGUUUAACGGGAAGCUUGUUCAUUCGAGGAUAUCCAAAGGCAUAAUUAGAUUCUUUAACAUAUAUAUUUUUUUUUUGCGAUUUGAAUAAAAUCUUCUCUCUCGUGUCUCGCGAACACAAAUUCUCUCUCUCCUUCCUCUGUAUAAACAUACCUACAUAUAUAUACAUAUAUAGACAGCAGAUAGCAGCAAACAUAGAGAGAGAGAGAGAGACAGAUACGUAUUAUAAUAUACGCACGGAAUCGUGUGCAACACGAAGAGAGGAGACCCGCGUUCGCGCCACCUGACGUCUCUACACUUCGCACAGACAACGACGGCUUGUCAAACGUCAAAAAGUAAGGAUCGAUCGAAGAAGAAGAAGAAUAAGAAGCUGGUGCUUCUGAUCCUGAAUAAUCCUUGUCGUUUCUAAUUGUCAUCGUGGUAAUUUCAUAUUUUGUUUUGGAAGGAAGUACCUUCCAGGAUACAUCGGGUAACCUGGAAUUAAGGAGGAGCGAUACGUGACUGAGCUAUGAGUACAGCGGAUCCCGCUGGGGAGGGGGGAGGAGGAGGAGGAGGAGGGGGAGGACAAUCUGCAAUAAUACCUUCCACAAAUGCCGAACAAAAUGCAACACCGAGUACACCGAUAACAAGCAGUGCAGUGCCUCCAGGAUCACAGCAGCAACAACAUCCACCACCAUCACCCUUAAGUGGUUGCUACCUACUUGUGGUGCUUCCCGAACCCCAUAUCGCACAACAUAAGGAUCUUAUUUUCAAUCGUCUUGCCAAAGGUUUCCUAUCAUGGGACAAAGACAGCUGUCACGUAGAUUUGGAAAAAGAAUUGCAAGCGUUAAUAGCACAAGCUCCCGAAGGCGAGGAAGCUCGAAACGGAGAACGUUUAAUUCAAUAUGCAACGGAAAACCUUGUUACGGAGGUUCUGAUACACCCGCAAACGAAUACUUUACUACAAUGCAUUCGAAAUCUUCUCGCAAGUUUCACGAAGCAUCGACACAUCAUACACGCUGGAUAUACAUUCGGUGGAAAUGGUUCCUGGAUACUACAGGAUGGAACCUUCAGUCUUGCGGACUUUCUUGAUGCGUUCAGCGAACAUGAAGUACAAAGAGUCCUUCGUGCCUACGAGAAUAGCGUUACGGUAGAUAUUCAUUGUGCGGGUGUCGGUGAUUGGACGACUACUCGAUUAUCUAAGGAACCAUGUACCAGAUCCUGCCGCGUUCGAGUAAAUCCAGACGAUGUAUUAACGGCUGGAGUACCAGCUAUCACGAGCUUCAUAAAUUACGUUGGACAAUAUUUAAUUGUUCAAACGUUAGACCAAUUGAUGGAACCGUCCGAUGUUGUUGGUAACAUCAGGUUCAGCCAUCCUACUUUAUACGUCUUCCCUGGCGGGCAAGGUGAUGCCGCACUAUUUGGUAUAAACGGCUUCAACAUGCUCGUCGACGGUGGUUUCGCGAGAAAAGCGUGCUUUUGGGAUUUCACCAGGCACCUGGAUCGCUUAGAUGCUGUUUUGUUAACUAGGAUAAAUAAUAGUAAUAUCGGUGGCAUGUCCAGUGUUCUUCGUAAGAAAAAGGAGAUGCACGUCUAUCCACAAAUCGGUCAUUUCUUUUGCAACCUUGUUGAAAGAAGACAAUCUCAUUCACCAGACGGCGACAAAGAUAUCGAUCCCUUGAUAUUGAAUCUGACAGAUGUCGGUCAAGAAAUAGUUGUCAAUCUUCGACACAUCAAUCUUCGUGCUCAUCCAUGCUACAGAGAUCCCGAUCCAAUAAAUUUAUAUCACAAAGUUGGACACGGUACAUUAGACAUGUACGUUUUAAGCCCUAACAAAGACAGCCGAGAAGUUAGAGAAUUUUUGGCAAAGUGGCAUACGUCGGACGUUAAAUUGUUCGCUGGUACGCAUAAAAAGGACUCGAAUAAUUUAACAUUUCCUAUUCAAAAUCUUGUCUCGAUAUGCGCGUUACUGGUUUGGCAACCAGCUAAUCCCGAAGAUAAUAUUACCAGAAUCCUAUUUCCCGGAAGUACGCCUCAACAUAAAAUAUUCGAAGGAUUUGAACGAUUAAAACAUUUGGAAUUUUUGAAACAUCCAGUUUGUUCGGCAAAGAGUCUUUCGCCGUCGACGUCGUUGGUAACCUUAAAGGACAAGCCAGUUAGGCAAAAGUUUGGCUUGAUCGAAAAGGAAGCAAAGAAAACUAAAGAUAUCGAUAUUAAAAAAGAAAAGAAAGAAUCGGCAGAAAUCAAAAGUUUCAAAGGUGUCGAUGAAAUAUCGACUAAAGGAACGCCACAAUCGACACCGAUAAUACCAACAUCGAAACCAAGAAAAAUAGAAGACAAACCGAAAAAGUUAGCGGAGAAUAAGAAGAUCGACAUUGACGCGAAAGAAAAGAAAAUAGAAAAGGAAUUGAAAGAAACGAAGAAAGAAGCUAAAAAGGAUAUAAUUAAACCUGAAAAAGUUGAGAAACCAGAAAAACAGGAGAAACGUGACGAGGAAAUAAGUAAAAAGGAAGUGGUCAAGGAUGAAAUAGAUAAAGUUAUUCCAACGAAAGAAUCUAAAAUAAAAGCAGAGCCAAUAAAGAAACCGAAGGAACCAAAAAUUGGCAAAUCAAUGAAAACCGAAGUUUCGUCUAAAGUUAAAUCGAUAGAUAAAAAGAUGAAGAUAUCCAGUUCGGAGAAAAAAGAUGCUUCCAAAUCAUCGCCAACUACACCGAAGAAAACGAUGAACGGUGUUGCGACUAAAACUGAAAUAUCAAAGACUGGACCUAUGAGAGGAAGACCAACAACAAAACCAAUAUCAACGGCACCAGCUAAAAGUGCCAAAGAUGCUAACAAUCGAAAGGUUGUUGAACAAAAGAAUAUUGAGAAAUCGGUAGCGAAGGAGGCACCUGUUGCAGUUGUUAAAGUGUCGGCUAAGCCAAAGCCAAUGGAUAGAAAGCCGAUAAGUCGAAGAACUAAACCAGUUAGUCCAAGCAAAGCACGAGUACCUGGUAGUCCUGCUAAAUCAACCCGAAGUACACCGACAGCUUCGGUUAAGUCAGAUAAAGAUGGUGUUAUCAGAAAGAUGAAGGGAGAUAAAGGUACUACGGAUUCUUCAACGGUAUCUACACCAUCCGGAGUUGAACCAGAAUCAACGGCUAAACUUGUCGAAAAAAGUUUGAUCGAAAAGUCCGAAGACAUUUCAUUGGAUUCUAUCGAAAGUAAAGUAUUGGCCGAUUUGAAGGAAGAACGUGAAGUAGUCGAAGAGAUCGAGGCAGUUUUACAAAAAGCCGAGAGAAUGGAGGAGACCAGAAAGGACGAUCGUUUCGAGGGUGACGAUGAAAUUACGGCCGAAGCUACCGAUAAAAAGGAAGAAGAUAUGACCGAGGAGGACGUGACAGCUGAAAUCGAGGACGCACCUAAGAAGGAAAGUUCUCGUAAGGAAAGUCAAGAAUUAACGGAAGAGGAUGAGAUUUUGAUCGUCGAAAAGGAAGAGAUAUAUACUGAGGAUUCCGUACAAAGUGGCGAAGGUGAACAAAAACAUAUUUUGGACGAAGCCGAAUCAGAGAAGACUAAAAUACUCAAAGACACUAUGGAAAUAACAAAAGAAAAGGGUGAGAAAGAGGAGUCGGAAAAGGAUAAGAUAGAAAGUCCCGAGAAAAAAGUAGAAAUUACCGAAAAGGAGAUUCCGAUGAAAGAAGAAAAGAAAGUAGUGUCACCGGAAGAAAAAGUUCUUCCUACAACGGCACCAGAAAUUACACCAAAGCCGGAAGAUAAGGAUGACUCUGGUAAAAAAGAUAGCGAAGAAAUCACUAAAGAACCUUCCAGUUUGAGUCCAGACAAAUUGGAUUCUUCUGAAAAGAAGACAACCGACACUGACAUGAAACCUGAGGUGGAUCAAAAGGAACACAUUCCGGAAAAAUUAGAGGAAUCUCAGGAACGUAUAUCGACGUUGGAAUCGGGUGCAACGACAACUGCACCGACACUUCCUGAAGACGAACGUAUUCCAUUAGAUGAAAUAAAGGAAGAUAUAGAUGAGAAACACGUUAUCGAAGAAGUUAAGGAAAAAGAUGCACCUGUUAAAGCUGAAAAAGAAAUUAUUGUUCAAGCUAUUCCACCUGUGAGUAAACCCGAAGUCAAAGUUUUCGACGUAAGACAAGCGGUACAAGGAUUGCAACGAGACAUUGUCAAAACCCCGGACGAAGUUGCUGAUCUUCCGGUUCACGAAGAAGUCGAUCCGAAAUUAUAUCGAAUGGAUUUCGAAAAGGACAAGGAAGAAAGAGUGGUAGCAGCACCACCACCACCACCAACACAAGCAAUCAAAGAACCAGAACCAACACCACCGGUCAAGGAACAAAAAGGUGUUUUCAGUUUCUUCGGCAAGGUAGCUGAUAAAUUUGAAAAGGGAAUCGAUAAGUUAACGAAAAAAUCAAAAAGGGAGGCCGAAAAGGAAGAGGAUAAGUCGUCAUCGAAAUCUAGUUCUCCUAAGGAAGCUAAAGUACAGGAAAAAAUCACUUUGGAGGAAGUAGACCUAGAAAAAAUGUUCCCAAAGGUGGGCAAAGUAACUGAGAAACCAGAAGUAUUCGAAAAGAUUGAGCCAGUGCCGUCUGAAGUGAAAGUUGCAACUAUCAAGGAAACUACAGCAUUGGUAGAAGAAGAAGAAUCAAAGGAAAUGAAGAGACGUAGUGUACCAGAUUUGGAAGUUAAAGUGUCCGACAAGGUCGAAGUUAUCGCUGAAAAGCCAAUCAUUUCACCGAUCGAUAAACUCGAUGAAAAGGAAGAGAAAGAAGAAAAGGAGAAAUUCGUUAAAGAGGAAGAAGAAAUUGGGGAAGACGUUGAAGAAGUAAAAGCUCUCUUAGAGGAAGCUUCGAAAAAAUUCAAAACAGUCAAGGACAGCCUCAGAGAUUCCUUGGAAUCAUUGGAAGAAAAGAUCGUAGAAGAAGAAGAUCUUUUACGUCACGAGGCAGGACUUACCAAGGAUAUCGUCAAAGACACUUUGGAAGGAGUCGUUGAAAAGUUAGAAGAGAUGAAACCACAGAUCGAAGGAUUAGGCGAAAUAAAAGGUGCAGAAAAAGUUAAGUUCGAUAUUCCUAAGGACGAAGAAUUCGAAGAAGAAUACGAAGAAGAACCGGUUGGCCCGAUCAAGGACGUUAAAGAAGCAGUCCGUGAUGUUGGCGAAGUUCUCGCUGGAUCGGCAGGUAUAGUGAUCGACGACAAGCCUAAAGAUGUCGUUGAAAUCGUGAAAAAAGUUGCCGAAGUAUUAAAGAAAGAUGAUUUCCUAUCCGAAGAGAUAUUGUUUGAGAAACCUUCCGAGAAGGAACCUUCUCCGACCGAAAGAAAGGUCUCGAUACCGAGUGAAAAAUCAAUCGAGCCUGAAGACAAACUAGCCAAAUUCGAAGACAAAGUGUUCAAACCGAUCGUAGAGGAUGUUCCUUUACCUGCAAGUAUUAUAAGCCUUGCCGAAGAAAUUCCUAAAGAAAUCGCUAAACCUUUACCGAUUUACGAGAAACCCGUUGGAGCAAUCGAAGUUGAAGAAGAACCAUGUAAAAAAGUUAUCAAAGACGUAGAAGAAAUAACUUCACCGAAGAAAGAUCAAAUCAAGGAUAAGCAGGAUGCUAAGAAAAUCUGCGACGAUUUAAUGAAGGAUGACGAUUAUAUUUGCGAUGAAAAGAAAGAAAUCGAGGAUACUACUUUAGUUGACGUUAUGAAAGCAGGUCUAGAAGAAAUUUGUGUAAAGGAUGUAGCCAAACGACCGUCGAUAGAUGAAGUACCAAAACAAGUGAUAGAAGAACCAAUAAUUACCUUCGAACAAAAGGUAUCACCGGCAAAAGCUGAAGUUGUUAUGGUUACACCGGAUUCUGCACCGACUUCGCCAAAAUUCACCACCGACAAAGUUUACGAUGAAGAAUUGACGAAAGAAAUCUUGAAAGAAAAAUUACCAGAAUUGAUCGUUGAAAUAAAAGAUGUACUUAACAAACCAACACCCUUGGACGAAAUUAUCGAAGAACUCGUAAUCACUAAGAAAAAGAAGAUAACUAUCGAGAUAAUCGAAUAUAUUACUGUUGUUAAACGCGUGCCAAAGGAACGUGUAAUUUAUAUUAUCGAAAAGAUUAUUGUUAAGAAGAAACUUCAUCCAGAAAGUAUAAUGGACGAUGUUAAUCUUCUUAAAACUACUAUAACACCGGAAAAGAUCAUUGAAAUCGAAGAAUACAUUAUCAACGAGUAUAUUACAAAAGGUAAAAGAAUUACCAUUCAAAUAAUCGAAGAAAUUUCAAUAAGAAAAUCUGUACCCAAAAGAAUCGUCAUUGAAAUCAUCGAAGAGAUUAUUAUCAAGAGAAAGAUCACCAAAGAAAUGGUAUACGAUAUUUCUAGCGAAGAAUUACGCGAUCUUCGCGAAGAACUAUCACCGGAAGAUGAAAAAGUGGAUAUUACAAAAUCCGAAGUUCUAUUAGAAAAGAGGAAAUCGAUUGGUGCAGUUAUUAGCCCAGAAGAAGAAGAAGAAGAAGAAAGAGAAGACGUAAAGGUUGAAAAGGAAACAAAAGAAAAGGAAGACAAAGAAAAAGAAGACAUAUUUAAGACAAAAAAAGAAGAAGAAGAAAAAGUUUUAUCUCCCGAAAGUAUGGAAGAAGUUGAAGAUGGUUUCGUUAGUAUUCCAUCUAAAGCAAUUUUAUUAUCCAAAGAUGAAAAAGUUCAACCGCAAAUAAAGAAAGAAGAUGAUGAAAUUGAAAUAACAAAGGAACACGAAAAAGAUGUUACAGAUGAUUUCGAAGCGGUCGAACAAGAAUACAAAGUUCAGGAGGUUAGUGUUGCAGAAAAGGUCACGUUGCAAAUUGGAAAAGAGAAAGAAGAACCUGAGGAGGAGAUUGAAGAUGACACUUCGGAUGUCAUUGAGGCCGAAGAAAAGUUCGUAAAGGAGGUCAAAGAAAAAAUUGGAAAGAAGGAUAUAGAGGAUGUCGAGGUGACGAUGAAGAAGAAGGACACCGAAAAAAUAGAAAAAGAUGAAUUGAAAAAAGUCAUCGAUGAUACCACAAUCGAAACGGAAACUUCUGAAGUAUCGGAAAUCGUUGAUACUACUGAAAAAUAUCUUGACGAAGCUAAAGAAAAACCUGACGUUAAAGAUGUUAAAAAAGAAGAAAUAAAACUCGUUGAAGAAGAAAUCAAAUUAAAGGAAAUUGAAAUUAAAGAAGUUGAUAAAGAACCAUUUGUGAAAGAUAAAAAGGAUGAAAAGAAGGUAGAGGAUGAUUUGAUUAAAAAGGAGCCAUCUCGUAAAGAAAGUAUUACGGUUGUCGACGAAACGAUUCCAAGAAAAUUAUCGUUGGACGUUAAGGAGGAAGCCAAGGUUGUGUUGGAAGUGAAAAAAGAAAUUGAGGAAAUUGUCAAGCCAGUUGAAUCCAAAGAAAAAGAUGAAAUGAAAAAAGAAGUGGAAAAAGUUGAAGUCAAGGAAAAAGAAGAAAAAGAUGAAACUGUAUCAAUCCCGACCGAAAUUAAAGCUGAACCAACGAAAGAUGAGAAAAUUAUUGUCUCCGAAAAGGAGCUUAAAGAAUUAGAGAAAAAAUAUAUCGAACCAAAAGCUUUGGUGUCAUCGCCGAAGGAAGAAAAAGUGCCGGAUACGAAAAUUAUCGAAAAAGAAAUGAAACUCGAUGAAAAAGUUGCCAAGGAUGAAAAGUUAGCAGAUGCCACGGGUCAUGCUAUCGAACCUAAGGGAGAAGAAAUUAUUGAAAUGCAAUUAGAGGAAAAAGUUGACAAAUUGGACAAAUUACCCAAGGAAGAAAAAUUAACUGACGCUACUGGUCGUGCUAUAGAACCAAAGGGAGAAAUUAUCGAUACCAAAUUGGACGAUAAAAUUGUUAAAGAUGAAAAACCUACAGACAAACUUCUUCAAGAUGAAAAAUUAACUGACGCAACUGGUCGCGCGAUUGAACCAAAAACAGAGGUCAUCGAUAAAAAGUUAGAUGAACAAGUUGAAAAGGAAGAAGUGAUAACCGAUGAAAAAUUAGCUGACGCUACGGGACACGCAAUCGAGCCUAAAGCAGAGAUUAUUGAUACAAAAGUAGAGAAAAAAGAAGAAAUACCGGAUGAGAAGAUUCCCAAAGAUGACAAAUUAGCGGAUGCAACUGGUCACGCUAUUGAACCAAAAGUAGAAAAAAUUGAAGAUAAAAUUGAAAAGGUGGAAGAAGAAGAAGAAGAAGUAGUAAGCAUACGAAAGAAAAGGAGUCUUCAAGAAGAACCAAUAACCGAUAUAAGCAAGGAUCUAAAACCAUCCGAAAGCGAAGAAGAAAUAAAACAAGUAGAAGAAGAAGAAGAAGAAGAAAAAGUCAAAAAAUUGGAACCAUCUGAAAUUUCCGAAGAUACCGGAAUUGUUCGCAGAAUGUUGGUAACAGCAAGUAGCGAAGAUGGCGGACAAGAAAUGGACAUUUGUCCUACGGGAACGAUAACCUUUACUAAAAUUGCUACGCCCGAUGAUUCCUUGAAGGAAGUAUCGAUUAAAACGACACCCGACAAAGAUUCUUUGCUUUUGGACAAAGAUUCGAUCCAAUCGGGAAUCAGUUCUCUUGAGAAAGACAGUAUUUCAGAAAAAUUACCACCCGAAAUUAAAGAUACCGAAAAAAUUACUCCUGAAGAUAGUUUGGAUAAAUCUCUAAUCGAUACACGUGGCUCUCAAGAUUUUGAAGAUAGUCUAGAGAAAUUAGACGUCAAAGAAAAGAGCGUUGAAAGUGUAUCACCUAGCCCUGAAGUUGAAAAGUUUAAAGAGUUCGAUAAAAAAGAAGAAAUCGUAUCUCCAGUCAAAGAUGAGAUCAAAGAAAUCAGCAAAGCAGAGUCUCCAAAAGAAGAAGAAGAAGAAGAAGAAGAAGAAGUCAAAGAAGCUAUUAGCAAAGCUGGUAGUCCAGAAAAAGAAGAAGUUGGCAAAGUACCACCUUCACCUUUAGACUUAUCCGAAGAAGAAAUUUCGAAAAUAAGAACACCUACCACUACGCCGAUCGAAGAAAAACAUGAAAAGAUACCAGAAGUUUCCAAACCAUUGGAAAUUAGCCGUUCCGAAGAAGUUUCACCGACUGAAUCGAUAUUUGCAAAAUCACCUAUCGAGAAAAUAGAAUCUCAAGUUCCUGUAGAUAUUUCGUUGAUAGAAAAGAAAGAGACUGAAAUUUUGAAGGAAGACAAAUCGAAGGAAAUCGUACAAACUGUUGAUAAAAUCGACGAGGAGAAAAUAGUCAAAGAAAAAUCAAAAUCACCGAGUCCUAGCGUAGAAAGCCUUGCCGAUGAGAAGAUUGUACGAAAACCACUUGAAGAAGAUAAACCUAUUACUGCCGUUGUAAGUGCAAAAGAUAUCGAAGAAAGUAUUGUAGAUAAAGAUAAAUCUUUAAAACUAGAAGAGGUGAAGAAAGAGGAGAUCGAGAAACCUGUUGUUAAGGAACAACUUGAUAAAAUUGUCAGUGAAAAAUUAGAAAAAGAGGAAGAAGAAACAUUAGCUGCUGAAAAAUCAAGAUCUCCUAGCGUUGCUAGCGAAGAAGCAGAAAAAAUCGAUCACGUCGAGAAACCAAGAUCACUUAGUAUAGUUAGUGAUAAGACAAUAGAAGAAAAAGAAAUAAUUAAAAAAGAUGAAUUAGACAAAAUUGAGAAAGAUGUAUCAAUAGAUAAAUCAAAAUCACCGAGUAUCGUUGACGAUAAAUCGAAAGAGGAAUCCAAAUCGCGAAGUUUAACUCCUUCAGAAAAGAUCGAUGAAAAGGUAUCAUUAAUCGAUAAAUCGAGAUCCCCGAGCGUUGUUAGCGAUAAAAUGGAAGAAAUCGAACACGAACAGUCUAAAUCACCGAGCAUUGAAAAAGAAUUGAGUGCUGCUGACAGAUCUAGAUCAGCAAGUGUCGUUAGCGAGAUUCAGGAUACGAAAAAAGUCGAGGAAGUUAAAUUAGAUCGUGCUAAAUUACCUGAAGAAAAACCUGAAGAAAAGAUCGUUAAGGAAUCAAUUCCCGAAUUAAAACCGACAGUGACAGCAGCAAUUGCAGCAGAACCACCUAGCGAUAAAAUAAAAGAUAUGAAAGAAUUAAUCUUAGAAACAGAAAAAGUUGAGAUUAAGAAAGAGGCCUCUCCUUCUGACGAAGAAAUACCAAUUGACAAAUCAAGAACACCAAGUAUUGCUGAAAGUUUGGAGAAACCGUCAAUCAUUGAAAGAAAAUUAAGCGAAGUAACGAAACCACCGGUUACCACGGAAGAUAAAGAAGAAAUCAAGAUUACCGAUAAGUCAAGAUCGGUAAGCGUUGAGAGUACCGUCGAAGACAAAGAAACAAUCGAUUUAUCAAAAUCACCAAGUGUUACUGAAAAGUUAGAUGACGAGAUCAAAAUAAGUAAAUCACCUAGCAUAACGAGUGAAAAAUCUGAAGAAAAAUUACCAAUCGUUUUGGAUGAUAAAUUGGAUACCAAAGAAAUAGGAGAAAAACUUGUUGAAAAAGAAAAAUCACUUAGUCCCGUAAGUGUUGCUGAUAGUAAAUCCAAAUCUCCGAGUAUUACCGAUGAAAAAAUAAGUUCGGUAGGUGUUACUGAAGAUCUAAAAGACAUAACCAUUACUGCAAAAACAGAAGAAAUUAUUACGAAAAGUAAAUCACCUAGUAUAUCUCCAACUAUUGCCGAAACAAAAUUGGAUUUCAAAGAUACCAAAGAACCGAUUACAAAAUCGAAAUCACCUAGUAUCACUAGCGAUAAGGUAGAUCUUGAAGAUGUAAUUACUGAACGACCAAUCGACAAGGAUCGUUCUGGAAGUGUCAUAAGUACAACUAGUGAAAUUAAAGAAUCAUCGGAGAAAUCGAAAUCUCCAAGCAUUUCUAGUGAAAAACCUGACCUCGAAGAAGUAGAUGACUUAAGUAUACGAAAAGAAUCAAUCAGUAAAAGAGAAUCCAUUAGUAUUGGCGUUGAUCAAAAACCAGAUGUUGAUUUAGAAAAAUCUAUUGAUGUUUCGGAAAAAAUCCAGAUCGAUAGAAGUAAAUCACCAAGUGCUGCAAGAGAUGAAUUUGAUGAAAAGAAACCGGAUGAUAAAGGUAUCGAGCGAGAACAUUAUGAAGAUGCAAUCGAUAAGUCUCGUUCACCAAGCUUCACUGAAGAUAAGAGUCUUAGCAAGGAAAGCAUCGAAACUACGUCUCCUACUACUACGAUCGAAAAAUUAGAUCAUAUAAAGGAAAAGGAUGAUUUGAAAUCUCCUGUCAAGUCUGAAGAUUUCUAUACACCUGAUAAAACAAUUGAAGAAAAAUUACCGGAGGAUCGUUCAAGGACACCGAGUGUCGUAGACGUUAAAGUUGACGAUAAGUCAAGGUCGGCUAGUAUAGUUAGCGAAGUAUCGGUUAAAGAAGUUACUGAUAAGUUAGAAAAAGAACCUUCCCCGGUAGAAAAGGAGAAGUCACGAUCACCAGAAACUAUCAAAAAAGAAAAAUCACCUUCUCCGGAAGUUGAAGAAUCAAGAAAGUCUGCUUCACCGGAAAAAGAAAAAGAAUUAGAAAUGCCGGAAGCAAAGACAGAAAAAUUACCAUCACCAACAAAAGAAAAAUCAUUAUCUCCAACGCUAGAAACAACGAAGGAGAAAUCGCCAUCACCUGAGAUACAAAAAGAAAAGUCACCAACACCGGAAUUACAAAAAGAUAAAUCACCUACGAUAGAGCCUGAAAAGAAGAAAUCACCAUCACCUGAACUACACAAAGAAAAGUCUCCUGCGAUAGAAGCGGAAAAAGAAAAAUCACCAACGCCUGAACUACAAAAAGAAACAGCACCUUUGGAGGAAGCUAAAAAGGAGAAAUCGCCUUCACUCGAAAUACAAAAAGACAAAUCACCAACUCCCGAUAUUCAAAAAGAAAAGUCACCUACGAUAGAAGAUAAAAAGGAAAAAUCACCAACGCCUGAACUACAAAAAGAAAAAUCACCUUCGAUAGAAGCGGAUAAGGAAAAAUCACCAGAACUACAAAAAGAUAAAUCACCUUCGAUAGAAGCUGAUAAAGAAAAAUCACCAUCACCUGAAAUACAGAAAGAAAAGCCUUCUACGCUUGAACCUGAAAAGGAUAAAUCACCAACACCUGAAAUACAAAAAGACAAAUCACCUACGAUAGAGGCUAAAAAGGAGAAAUCACCAACGCCUGAACAACAAAAAGAAACAGCACCUUCGGAGGAAGCUAAAAAGGAGAAAUCGCCUUCACCCGAAGUACAAAAAGACAAAUCACCUACUCCCGAUAUUCAAAAAGAAAAGUCACCUACGAUAGAAGGUGACAAGGAAAAAUCCCCAACCCCUGAGCAACAAAAAGAAAAGUCUCCUGUGUUAGAGACUGAAAAGAGGAAAUCACCAUCACCUGAAUUACACAAAGAAAAAUCUCCUUCGAUAGAAGCUGAUAAGGAAAAAUCACUAUCGCCUGAAUUACAGAAAGAGAAAUCACCUUCUAUAGAAGCUGAUAAGGAAAAAUCUCCAUCACCAGAAUUACAAAAAGAAAAAUCUCUAAGUCCUGUAAUACGGGAACAAAAGUCAAUUUCUGUAGAAUUGGAAAAGGACAAACCUGCAAUACCAGAGUCGGUAAAACAAAAGUCUCCUACACCAGAAGAAAAGAAAGAAAUAUCUCUUAUUCUAGAAACUGACAAAGAUAAAAUUUCUGUACAAGAGACAGAGAAGAAAAAAUCGUUAUCUCCAGAAUCUGAAAAGAAAAUACCAGAGAAAGAUGAAGCUCUAAUUCUAGAAUCGCAAAAAGAAAAAUCACCUUCUCCCGAAUUACAAAAAGAUAAACCUCUUUCUCCACAAUUAGAAAAGGAAAAGUCACCUGUUCUAAAGGAAGAAAAGCCAAAAUCUCCUACUUUAGAAUUACAGAAAGAAAAGUCACCAACUCCAGCAUUAGAAAAAGAAAAGUCUGCAUCACCAGUAGAAGAAAAAGAAAAAUCUGCAUCUCCUAUUGAAGAAAAAGAAAAAUCACCAGAAAAAGAAACAGGAAAACCUAAAUCUCUGUCACCAGAAUUAGAGAAGGAAAAAUCUCCAGAAAAGGAAACAGAAAAAUCAAAAUCUCUUUCGCCAGAGGUAGAAAAGGAAAAAUCUCCAGUACCACAAACUGAGAAAGAAAAGUCGCCGGUACCUGCAACACAGAAAGAAAUAUCACAUUCGCCUGUAACGGAAGAAAUAAGAUCUUCUUCCAUUGAAAAAGAAAAGGAAAAAUCUAAAUCACCUGUAUCGGAAAAAGAAAAAUCCAUUGAAACAGAAAUAAAGAAAGAAGAAAUAAGUACUACAGAAGCAGAGAAACAAAAAACGCCUUCACCAGUAUCUGAAAAAGAGAAAUCACCAGCAUUAGCAGAAGAAAAACAGAAAUCGCCUUCUCCAAAAUCGCCUUCUCCAGUAUUAGAGAAGGAAAAAUCUCCAGCUCUAGAGACAGAUAAACAGAAAUCGCCUUCUCCAGUAUCAGAGAAGGAAAGAUCUCCAGCUCUAGAGACAGAUAAACAGAAAUCGCCUUCACCAGUAUCUGAAAAAGAGAAAUCACCAGUAUCUGAAAAAGAGAAAUCACCAGCAUUACCAGAAGAAAAACAGAAAUCACCUUCUCCAGUAUCAGAGAAGGAAAAAUCUCCUGCUCUAGAGACAGAAAAACAAAAAUCGCCAUCUCCAGUAUUAGAGAAAGAAAAAUCACCUGAAGUUGAAUCCGAUAAAAAGAAAUCACCUUCCCCAAUAUCUGAGAAGGAAAAGUCACCAGCAUUACCAGAAGAAAAACUGAAAUCGCCUUCACCAGUAUCUGAAAAAGAGAAAUCACCAGCAUUACCAGAAGAAAAACAGAAAUCACCUUCUCCAGUAUCAGAAAAGGAAAAAUCUCCUGCUCUAGAGACAGAAAAGCAGAAAUCGCCUUCUCCAGUAUUAGAGAAAGAAAAAUCUCCACUGGCAGAAGCAGAAAAACAGAAAUCGCCUUCACCAGUUUCUGAAAAAGAACAAUCACCAGCAUUAGCAGAAGAAAUAAAGAAAUCACCUUCACCAGUAUUGGAGAAAGAAAAAUCACCUUCUGCUGAAUCAGAAAAACGAAAAUCACCUUCUCCAGUAUCAGAGAAAGAAAAAUCUCCAGUAGAAGAAGCAAAGAAACAGAAAGAGCCUUCACCAGUAUUAGAAAAGGAGAAAUCUGCACCAACAGAAACAGAAAAACAUAAAUCGCCUUCACCAGUAUCUGAAAAAGAGAAAUCUCCAGCAUUACCAGAAGAAAAACAAAAAUCGCCUUCACCAGUAUCAGAGAAAGAAAAAUCUCCUGCUCUAGAGACGGAAAAACAAAAAUCGCCUUCACCAAUAUUAGAGAAGGAAAAAUCUCCAGCAACUGAAGUAGAGAAACAAAAAUCGCCUUCACCAGUAUCUGAAAAAGAGAAAUCUCCAACAUUACCAGAAGAAAAACAAAAAUCGCCUUCUCCAUUAUCAGAGAAGGAAAAAUCUCCAGCAACUAAAGAAGAGAAACAGAAAUCACCUUCUCCAAUAUCAGAAAAAAAAAAGUCACCAGCGUUAGCAGAAGAAAAACAGAAAUCUCCUUCUCCAUUACCAGAAAAAGAAAAAUCACCAGCAUUGGCAGAAGAAAAACAGAAAUCACCUUCUCCAUUAUCAGAGAAGGAAAAAUCUCCAGCAACUGAAGUAGAGAAACAAAAAUCACCUUCUCCAAUAUCAGAAAAGGAAAAGUCACCAGCGUUAGCAGAAGAAAAACAGAAAUCUCCUUCUCCAUUACCAGAAAAAGAAAAAUCACCAGCAUUACCAGAAGAAAAACAGAAAUCGCCUUCUCCAGUAUCAGAGAAGGAAAAAUCACCUGCAUUAGCAGAAGAAAAACAGAAAUCGCCUUCACCGAUAUCUGAAAAAGAGAAAUCUCCAGCAGCUGAAUCAGAUAAACAGAAAUCGCCUUCACCAGUAUCAGACAAGGAAAAAUCACCUGCAUUAGCAGAAGAAAAACAAAAAUCGCCUUCACCGAUAUCUGAAAAAGAGAAAUCUCCUGCAGCUGAAUCAGAUAAACAAAAAUCGCCUUCACCAGAAUCAGAAAAAGAGAAAUCACCAGCAUUAGCAGAAGAUAAACCGAAAUCAACUUCACCUGUAUCUGAAAAAGAAAAAUCUCCGUCAGCAGAACCUGAAAAACAUAAAUCUCCUUCUCCAGUACCAGAAAAGGAAAAAUCUCCAUCUCCAGCAGUGAGAAAAGAAAAAUCUGCAUCACCGGAAUUGGAUAAACCGAAAUCGGUAUCUCCAACGUUAGAAAAAGAAAAAUCUUUAUCACCAGUGUUGCAAAAAGAUAAAUCCCCUAUAACAGAUACACAAAAAUCUCAUUUGCCUGAGACUGCGAAGCCUACUCCAGAAAGUAUGAGAAGGGAAAGAUCUCCUACUCCAGAAGAUGGAAAAUUACGUAAAUCAAUUUCACCUGAUGUAGAUGAUUCAAUCAAAUCGCCGACUGGUAGUGUGAAAGAACAAAAAGACGAUAUUGACGAAAACAUUCCAAAAGACAGAUCACGAUCUCAUAGUUUGUUCGAAUCUGGGGACAAAACACCAUUAACUCGUUCUCGUGCAGCAAGUUUGUACGAAGACAAGAUACCAGACAAAUUGAACCUUCAGGAAGAAUCAAAAACUACUUACGAUAGCAAAGAAAAGAAAACACCAUUAGAUGAAAAAGAAGAAGAAGCAGAAGAAGAAUAUGAAGAAGAAGAAUUGAUGGAAAAGGAUAGAUUAAAGAGUGGCAAAAUUGGUAUUACCAGUUCGAUUCAGGAAGAAUUUGAAGAAGUUUAUUCCAGAAAAGCUAGUCAAACUAAAGAUACAGAUAGUGGACGAAUUCUUAAACUCGAGAAAUUUGAAGAUGAAGAAGAUACUGUCAUUAAAGUAACUGCCGAAAAGAAAGCAGAAAUCGAAAGGUAUCUCGUCGAUGAAUUUUUAAACAAGAAACAAAAAAUUACGAUGUCUGCGAUCGAAAUAAUUGUCCUAUCUUACGCUGUACCAGAAUUUACAGUAAUGGACAUUAUAGAAGAUAUAUUGAGACGUAAAAAUCUUCGUAAGGAAUCGGUAUUGGACUUUGUCGAUGAAGAUGUUGAAGAAAAGUCAUCUUCUGGAAAGUCUAAAUCGAAAACAACGGGUAUAAAAAUGGUAUCUACUGAAAAGAUCAGAGACGUUGAAGGUUAUAUAAUCAAUGAAUAUAUCGAUAAAAAUAAAAAGAUCACUAGUACUAUCCUAGAUGAUAUAGCAAUUCUAAAAGGUAUUCCACGAAAAUUCCUCAUCAUGAUAAUUCAAGAGGUUACCGUUAGAAGAAAGAUUCCCAGUGGUUUCAUCAUGGAUACCGAAGUUUUGCAAGAAUCAUUAAGAAAAACGUGGGAAGAUGAAGGAUUAGCCAAGAUGAAAGAAAAAGAUGAAGAACACGACAAGAGUGGACGAGAUUCAAAGAGUCCGAGUUUGAGUUCGGAACCAAUACCUUCAGACAAGUCCACUCAGGAUAGUCCGCUACAUUCUGAACCACAGAUCGACGAAGAAAUUUCUAUUUCUGAAGAAAAACGUACGGAAAUCGAACAACUUCUCGAAAAUGAAUAUAUUAAGAUGGGACGUAAAAUUACCGAAAUCAUUUUGGAGGAAAUAAUCAUAAGAACUUCAUUACCGAGAUACAUUAUUCUCGAAAUAAUCGAAGAAAUAAUUAUUAAAAGAAAAUUAUCACGGGAAUCUAUAAUCGACGUUGAUAUCUAUCAAGAAGACGAACCCGAAAGUUUUAAUAAAUACGAAUAUCGAUACGAAAAAUCAUCAGAUCUUGGAUUAGCCGAUUCAUGUAGAAAAAUGUCUGCCGAAUACAGAUUAGGUGGAUACACGGAAUCAACUGGUAGACAAAUGGACAAAUCUAUUCCAAGUGGUUAUCCGUUAGAAUACGAGAGUCAAUUCCACAAAGCUUUCGUUGGUGGAAUGACAGAAAUUCGUACGACACAUAUAACAACGUUAUCCGGAAAAUCAACACCAGAUUUUGCUACUCGUGACGGUACACCCGAUUCAACUUCUGAACCAACUGGUUCAACCGUUGAAAGAAUGACCGAUAAGGGAAUGAGAUCGGUUGACAGAGUAUCACCUGACAAACAACAAACGAUGAUUUCUAAGGGCGAGAUAACUAUUCAAAAAGUUGAAAUAUUAAAGGAAAGUAGAAUCGGCGAACAAGAAAUUCCUCCUGAGGAAAAAGAUAAACAAGAAGAUGUACGAGUUAUCAGAAAAAUAAUCAGUCGUAAAUUUGUCGAACAAGAAGAGGAGGAAGAGCCGGAAAUUGUAACCAAGGUUGUCAAAAGAAGAGAAAUAAUCGAGCCAGAAGAAUCAGAAGAUACCGAAGAAAUGUCAACGAAGGAAACGAUUACGAGGAAGAUUGUAAAACGUGAUGUUACAGAAGACGAAAGUGGACCAGAAAUUAUUACUAAAAUAAUUAAAAGAGAAAUAAUCGAAGACGAUGAACCCGAAAUAAUAACUAAAGUAGUUAAAAGAGAAAUAAUCGAGGAAGAUGAACCCGAAAUAAUAACUAAAAUAGUUAAAAGAGAAAUAAUCGAGGAAGACGAACCCGAAAUAAUAACCAAAACAAUUAAAAGAGAAAUAAUCGAGGAAAGCGAACCCGAAAUAAUAACCAAAACAAUUAAAAGGGAAAUAAUCGAGGAAGGCGAGCCCGAAAUAAUAACCAAAACAAUUAAAAGGGAAAUAAUCGAGGAAGACGAACCCGAAAUAAUAACCAAAGUAAUUAAGAGAGAGAUCAUUCUUCCCGAAGAGAAAACGUCUGAUACGCAAGAUCAUGAGAUUGUUAAAAGGGUAAUUAGCAGGGAAGAAACACCAGAAUCAGUUGAAACGAUAACAACUAAGACAACGCGAACUGUAGUUACCGAGGAUCUUCCAACAUCAAAGAUAUCAACUUCCGAUCUAGAAAAACCAGAAUUAUAUACUUAUACGAUAUCACGCGAGGGUACACCAGAAAAGAUCGAUACGUCCGAUUCAAGUGCUACAUAUAAAGUAAUCAGUCGAGAUGUUACGCCAGAAGUUUCGAAAAGUGCCGAAGUUAAAAGAAUCGUAACAACGGUUACGACGAUUACCGAACCUGACGGUAAAGUUAUCACGAAGAAGGACGUUAAAGAAAGUAGUGAUACCGUUGACAGUGAAGAACUUUUAGAAAAACUCAUUGACUCUACUAUCAGUGAAAAAAUUGGCAAAGCAACGACAACGACCGAAACGAAAACUACUGAAGGAUCGAAAAUCGAAAAGGUUAUCAAAGAAACGAUAACUACAAUGACAUCUACGUCGGGUACAUCUACUCCAGAUGUUAAAACUUUCUAUGAUUCUGGAAAAUCGACACCUGAUUCGAAAUUCGAUGAGAAAUUGGAUACCACUGGUAAAGAUCAUUUGGAGAAAAUUGGAAAAUUAGAACAUUCGGUUUCACCGUCUGUACGUGAUUUUAUAUCUGACGAGAAAAGUUAUUCGGGAAAAUCAUCACCUGAUAUAUCUUUGCCGAAGGAUAUCGUUUACAGUGGAUCUACCGGUAAAUCAACACCGGAUAUUCCAGUUUCACCGUUGGUCAGGGACGGUGCAGCGGUGCAACCACUUCUAUCAGGAAGAUCUACACCCGAUAAAAGAUCGGAAGGUCGUUCUACUACCGCAACUCCUGAAGGAUUCAGAUCAGGCGAAGUUAUUCGUACGAUCAUUACCACAACUAGAACUAUGUCCGAUGAUGGUGAGAUAAUUACCACUACCAAAGAAGUUACGGAAGCUACCAAUGAGAAAGGUGAAACGAUAAUUUUGGCUGAAAAGACUGAUGUUAAAGUUGAUGAUCGUUUACCUAGCAAGGAUACCGCAGAAAUGGCGAUCAGUAGCGCGAUUGGUAGCAUGAAAAGUUCGGAAUUACAACGAACCGGAAGUGCAAGUUCCGAUGUUAGCAGUGACAAGGAUCCUCGUACCGAUCAAAGCAGUAUUCAUAGUAAAACCACGGCGACUCAUGCUCAUGGUACUAGUGAAGAAAAACAAAUGACUUAUUCCGAUGACGAACCAUCAAUCUCACCACUUUCUUCAACGUCACAACUCGGUUAUUCUUCAAGAUCUAGACAGUACGAAAGUUCUUCGGAAAAAGAAACGGAUACGCACAAGCCCGUAGAAUUUUCAACCGCUGCCAUGAGCAGUAGCUUUUAUGGCGAAUUACCAGCGGUACCGCCGCAAAUUACGGCAAUGAAAACGUUCCAAGAAAGUGGUUUCCACAAGAGCAGCGAUCCGAUACCGAUUCAAAGUGAUUUUACGUUUAAAAGAUUCACCGUUGAGAAAGAAUACGCCGGUGGUUACGAGGAAAAACACGAUACCAAAAAAUACGUUGACGAAGCUGAUUUAGAUUUUGAAAAGGCUUUGAUGGAACGAAAGGAAUUAAAGGAAUCAACCGAUUUUGGUAGUACUAUUGCACCUAGAUACACUAAUGGUAAUCUUCGAGCAAAAUUAACUCACGAAUCGAUGAAGGCCGAUCUUCCGUCAUCUUCGGUUACUGACGAAAGUCCGGAAAGUAAAAAGGAUUCGAAAAAAGAUCCAUUGGAAGGAUGGGGUACACCUUUGGGUUUACCAUCUCCGAAACCACCAAGAAAGUUCAAUCUUAAAAAUCCGGUACAACCUUCUAACGAAUUCUCAUCGGACAAUCUCAACUUUGACGUUAGCAGCAAUUGGGGUGAACCAUUAAGAUUACCAUCACCUGCACCGGUGACUACCGAAGUUUCUAACAAAGGUGCACCGAGUACUCCGAAAAAAGAAAGGAAACAAGCCAAAAAAGUAAUGUCGGAAAAUUUGAAAAAUAAAAAACGUUCCGAGAGUCCUGGUAAAAAUGAAAAGAAAAUGAAAGAUUCUAAGAACAAGGUUCAACCGGUUUACAUGGAUCUUACUUAUGUUCCACAUCAUGGUAACUCUUAUUAUACGUCAUUGGAAUUUUUCAAGAAGAUUCGUGCGAGAUAUUACGUAUUCAGUGGUACUGAACCAAGCCGUGAAGUUUACGAUGCCUUGUUAGAGGCUAAAAAGACUUGGGAAGACAAAGAUCUUGAGGUAACAAUGAUUCCAACUUACGACACGGACACUUUGGGUUAUUGGGUUGCCGAUAACGAGGAAGCUUUGGCUGCCAAUCAUAUAGAUCUAUCACCAUCGGCAUCAAGAUGCACGAUCAAUCUUCAAGAUCACGAGACAAGUUGCAGCGCCUACAGGCUCGAAUUCUAGGGAAUGGCAGCCUGCUCAGCCGUAAUAGUCGAGUUCUGAGCGGCUACCGG